GGUACUCCACUGGGGACCCCGCGACAACGAUCUACCCGAGGGAGAUCGAGAUCCAUGUCCAGCGGCCGAGGCUACAUACCUCGAAGCUCAACGCCGCAACGCUCGAGAUCUGGCUUCCGUCAUCACGGCGGCAAGAUGGGCGCGCGAUCGGUCACCCCGGCGGGCGGCAGCGGUGACCCGCCUCCUGCCGCUGCCCCGGAGGAUCAUCGCACAGCCUUUGGCGAUGGCAUGGACGCAAUGGAAGCAAUCUCAGAUCGAGGAGAUGCUUAACCCUGUCCCAGGAAUCGACGACGAUCCUGAUGAUGAAGUGCCGUGGGCGGCCAACCUGGCUUUCCCCGACCUGAUGGAUCUCGCGCGGACCAUCAGAAGGAAGGGAGACCUCAAGACGACUGGCUGGCGAGGACCGAUCGGACUUGGUGCUGGGAAUGAGCGAACCCUUCUACACAAUGUGAGAUUCUGGUGGUGGCCCAUGAGCCCGGCGCCUACGCAGCAGUACGACAGGAGCUUGGCGAGAUGGAAGAAGACUGUGCUUCUCUUCCACGCCGGUGAGAUGCGCGUACUCCUCCGAGAUGCGCCGAUGAGUGCCGAGGAGGCGCGAGCACGUGGGCGAUACACAGGGGGU